AUGCCGGAGGAGGUGACCGCCGCCGAGCCAAAGAAACCAGCUUUAUUUUCGAUACAUUCUCAAAGAUUACGGGUAUGCAUUCUGAUGAUGCUCUCCGGAGCUAUUGCUCAAUGUAUGAGGCUGAAUUUGAGCAUGGGACUGCCAUGUAUGAUCAACGCCACUCUAUCACAUGAGCUUUACAACACUACCUUAAAAGAGGAGAAUACGGGUACACUCGACUGGAGCCCCCAGCAAAAAUCAGCCAUCCUGUCGGCUUCUUCCUGGGGAUCGCUGAUUGCCACCUUAUUGGCCGGCUAUGUUUCAGAUAAAUUUCAGCCGAAAAUUGUCAUUACAU